AUGGAGAAAGAUAUAGAAGAUGAUCUUUCGCUUCCAAAAGCGACGGUGCAGAAACUUGUCUCAGAAAUGUUACCACCUGAUCUUGUUUUUGCAAAAGAAACAAAAGAUCUUUUAAUUGAAUGUUGCGUAGAAUUCGUUCACCUCAUAUCGUCGGAAGCAAAUGAAAUAUGUGAAAGAGAAGCAAAAAAAACAAUUGCAGCAGAACAUGUAAUCAAAGCUCUUGAAGAACUUGGAUUUCAAGGAUAUAUUGAUGAAAUUCAUCAAGUUAUUUCAGGUCACAAAAAACAGCAAAAAACACGUGAAAAAAAACAAUCAAAGCUUGAAACAUCAGGAAUGUCUCAAGAAGAACUUUUGCGACAACAAGAAGAACUUCUAAAUAAAGCUCGGGAGAAAUACCAAAAUUCCCUUGGAUAA